AUGGUCUCGCGCGCGCUGUUAUCCUGGACGGCGGCCGUCCUGGCUAUCCUGCCGAUCGGUAUGAGUCUCUCCCAAUUUUCUAUACAACUGUCUGAUCUAACUAUUCGGUCUCGACCCCAGCAUGCAGCGGAUGGCGCAGAUAAACCAAACAGAAGACGUGGAGUGGACCGCCACCUGGGAGACUGCACAACCUACGACGGCAAAAUCGAGAUUUCCGACCGCUACCAGGGGGCACUGUCUUUCCCCAACCUCAAGAAUCUCACCGGCUCUAUCGUCGCCAAGUACAACUGGACCGAGCCCGACAGCCACCACUACAACGUGACCUCGCUCGAGGCGCCGAACCUCAUCCACGUUGGGGAACACAUCCGCCUCGAGUCCUUCACCCAGCUCACCGAGCUAUCCUUUCCGGAACUAGGGACCGUCGAUGGCGAAGUCGGCAUCAUUGACGGUUGCGACGAUGCAACAGUCGAGUUGCCGGCCUUUACUCGCGCGGGGGCGAUUUGGAUGGGGAGUGAUAGGUCUAUUGCGAGCAUCAACCUCGACUCCCUGCAGACCGUCAGCGGCCCCAUAAACCUCUGGCCUUGCCGCUCAUGCCAACACCUAGAAGAACCGAUCUCCAUCCCGUCUCUCGAGUCCGCCGGCCGAAUCGUCGUGUCGGGCGCCAUGUCCAAGUACGUCACGGGCCUAGUCCCAAGAUAA